CAUGCGUCUCACGAGCGAGCGUAGCUGGGCAAAGAUGGCGGCGGGCUCCGAUUUGCUGGAUGAUGUUUUCUUCAACACAGAGGUGGACGAAAAAGUAGUUAGUGAUCUAGUCGGAUCUCUGGAGUCGGAGCUCACAAGAGCAGGUCACGUUAACACCCCGGCCAGGGCCCAGUCUACAGCAAAUCACGUCGGCAACUCAGCUGUAGGUAGUAAUUCCAAUGUUCAGGGUAGCAAAAUGGGACUUUCACAACAAGAGCUCGCUAAAGCAGGGACAGGAGUGCAAGGAGGUGUCAUUAACAGUGCGAGGUCCCACGGUUCAACCAUGGAUGGAGCAGCCGGGACUAACGUUACAUCAGCAGCGGGAUCGAGCGUGACAGCCGGACAGAGUCAAUCCAAGGCGGAGACAGCUGGUGGUGUUGUUACGGUGGUGCCUGAUCCUGCGGCGGGGAUCGGCAAACCUGGACCGACCGGUGUUCAAACUUUGAAUGGAAGUAACGUGGUGAUGAACUCGCAUAUUCCCGGAGGCGCGCCGAGUGACAGCAGCGGCAGCAACUCACUCCCCCCUGUCACGGUUGUCAACAACGGACCCGGGUCUGUGACCAAAGGAAACACAGUGGUUUUGUCCGCAACAUCUAGCACUAUUAUUCAAACCUCUUCAACGAAUGCUGUCACUUCGACCGUGAUCGCCUCUCAGCCCACUUUGAACAGUGUACCAACAGUCACACUCGUGAGGCCACCUAUGCAAACUUCCACUGUUACCUCGCAAAGCGGGGGGCAUCCCAACAUGGGUUUACCGUCAACAGUUGUCAGUGUUGGCACCACUGGUCCGGUCAAAUUCGAGUCUCCAAAAACCAUCAUUCAGACUACUGCACACGUCGCGGCUUCCAGUGUUGCGACAGGCGCAACAGCGACUGUGAAAAGCCCGACUGUUUUGCAAAAUGUGAGGACUUCAAUACCAUCAACAAUCGCUGCUGCUUGCCCUGGUGGAAUACGAGCUAUUGCUCCUCAAGUGUUGGCCCCCCGACUCACCCAGCCACAACAAAACGCUCCAAACAUCCAAAACAUUCAGCUCCCGCCAGGGAUGGUCCUGGUUCGCAGUGAGAGUGGGCAGCUGCUGAUGAUCCAUCAGCAGACCUUGGCCCAGGUGCAAGCCCAGUCACAGUCCCAAAGUGCCAUGACACCACGACCUGCAGCCCCAACCAGCACUCCACCUGUCCAGAUCACUUCUGUACAGGCCCAAGGGGCGUCCCUGCUGGCUCGUCAGGUGACCCCUACCACCAUCAUCAAACAGGGCUCCACAGUCCAGACCAGUGUGCAGGCCACCACAACUCUGCAGAGGCCUCCUGUGUUGCAGAACACCAUUAUGCUGGGUGGAACCGCCACCCCAGGACAGGCGCUAGGAACACCCACGGCGGUGCAGCCCGGGUCUGCAGGCACAGCAGUAUCACAGAGGGUCGGGCCCCCAGGGGCCACCGGGACCCCAGUUGCUCCUACGGCCAUCACAGCUGAGACACUGGAGAAUGUGAAAAAGUGUCGAAACUUCCUGUCCACACUGAUCAAGCUGGCGUCCAGUGGGAAGCAGUCCUCUGAGACCACUGCCAACGUCAAGGAGCUGGUCAAGAACCUGCUGGAGGGGAAGAUUGAGCCUGAGGAUUUCACCAGUAGGUUAUACCGGGAACUCAACUCCUCACCUCAGCCGUAUCUUGUGCCUUUCCUUAAGAGAAGUCUCCCAGCACUGCGUCAGAUGACCCCCGACUCAGGAGCCUUCAUUCAGCAGAGCCAGCUGCCGCAGGCCAGCCCGCAGCCCGCUGCUGCAGCCUCCACAGCCCUUACCGCCGUGGUGCUCCGCCCCCCUCUCUCCACCGCGGCCACAACCAUGACCAGCACUGCCGGGACCAAAGCCGCCGUUAUCAGUCUGACUCAGACUCCUCACAGUAAACCUGGCCUGAUAGUGCCGCAGCAGGGGACGAUGGGGAGGCCCCAGGUGACCCUGGCUCAGUCUCCCAUGGUUACACUCAGAGGACAGCCUCACAGUCGCAUCAUCAUGAGCCAGCCGCAGGUGGUCAAACAGCUGCAGACAGUUCCAGUGGUGAAGCAGACUUUGGCUCCAGGCGUUAAAGCAGAAGUCGGAGCUCAGUCAGUUCUCACAAUAGCCCAGAAGAACAAGCUGAAAGAAGCUGGAGGAGGAACCUUCAGGGAUGAUGAUGACAUCAACGAUGUGGCCUCAAUGGCAGGAGUCAACUUGUCAGAGGAGAGCGCUCGUAUCCUAGCAACCAACUCUGAGCUUGUCGGCACGGUGACCCGAUCCUGUAAGGACGAGGCCUUCCUCUCCAUCUCUUCACUGACCCGAAAAGCUCUUGAGAUUGGUAAGAAGUUCGGUGUCAGUGAGUUGGGUCCAGACGUGAUCAACUAUAUUUCCCACGCUACACAGCAGCGGCUACAGAACCUGCUGGAGAAAGUGUCAGAAGUGGCACAGCAAAAAAACAUAACCUUCAAGGAGGAUGAGCGGCACGAGCAGGUCAGUGAUGUGCGGGCCCAGCUCAAAUUCUUUGAGCAGUUGGACCAGAUGGAGAAGCAAAGGAAGGAGGAGCAGGAGAGAGAAAUCCUCAUGAAGGCUGCCAAAUCUCGGUCACGGCAGGAAGACCCUGAGCAACUUCGACUUAAACAGAAGGCCAAAGAGAUGCAGCAGCAGGAGCUGGCUCAGAUCAGGCAGAGGGAAGCCAACUUAACGGCGCUGGCAGCCAUCGGCCCAAGGAAAAAGCGGAAAAUGGACUCUCCUGUUAGCGGUGCCAGCAUAGAGGGCUCAGGGUCUGGCCCCUCACAGUCAGGAGGCUCCAGUGGAGGGGGCUCGAGACAGUUUCUGCGCCAACGCAUCACCAGGGUGAACCUCAGGGACCUGCUCUUCUGCCUGGAGAAUGAGAGAGGGACCAGUCACUCACACCUGCUCUAUAAAGGCUUCCUCAAAUAGCACACGCAUUACCAUAACCAGCUUCACUUCAAUGGCAUCGAGAAAGGAGCGUCGACCACCAAGUCAGACCCUUUCUGCUGAUGAUCCGUACUUUGGUCACUCAUCCUUGAACGAUGAGAGACCUCAAAGGACAGAGAGAUAUCUGAAACACCGAGGAGAUAUCAGGUGUUCCAGCCUCCUAAAAGCACAGGCCUUUUGUACAACACAGAGAUGGAGCAAGAAGUGAAACUCUGCCCUGCUUUCAGUGUGCCUCCCAGCUCUGUUUGCUCUGUAGAGACUUGUUGCUCCCAGCCACACCUCGCCUCACAUGCUGCCCACAGUCAAAACCUUGACACGGUCAUUGCAAGGACGUCAGAUGUUUUUGCAGCGAUUUUUUUUUUUUUUUUUUUUUGGUGUGAAACACGCACAUUUUAGUCACAUGCCGAUGAAUGUGCAACAUUUAGGUGUAACUUCCUGGUGUUACAGUAUCGCAGCAAGGCUCAUUUUCUUGAACGUCUAAACACAGACACUCUAGCUGAAAUGCAAUGACGGCCAUGUUGAUUUUAGUUCUUACGAGACGAUAUUUUAAUUUAACAUGGAUUUCUAGUAUAUUUUAGCAGUUUUAAUGCCUGUGGAUUGUUUUUGCCUAGAUUAAUAUUUCUGUCAUUCGCUGACUUGCCUUCUUGCCAAAUUAAGCCAUAUGCAUCAUAAUUGUCCAAUGUCGCGAUUAGUCUAAUCAAAGUCUCUUCAUCUCCACACCAGUUCUCCUCUGGGUUUAUAGAAUGUGUGUUUUACUGUUCUUUCUUUGUUUGACUUGGCUUGAUUGGAAACAAAAAAUGAUUAUUUAUGUUAUAUACUGUGUAUAAUGUAAUCACCAUUGUAUUGGUAUUUGACCUUCUGGACAACUGUAGCAUUCUUACUGUGAGUGUCCCUGACGCCUGUUGAUCACAGGCAGGCCAGGAUGAAGGCAUGGAUGAGAUGAUGUUCAAA